AUGGUUUUGCUUAUUUGCAGUCAUUUCGACACUUUGAAAUUGAACUUGCAUUAUGGAGGACUUAUGGAGAUAAUCGGUGGUAGAUUCAGUUACAAUGGAGGAGCUUCGAAGCAGGGCAUUGUUGUUGAUCCUGAUUUGAUGACCUGGUCGUGUUUUGAUGGCUACUGUGAGGAGUUUUCGAUAGAAGGUGGUUUAGUGGAGCGAGUUUGGUGGAAGCUCCAUCACGAGAGCAUGGAUACACUGAAGUGUAUUGGUGUCGUGGCAAGUGACUCAGAGCUUAUGAGAAUGUGUAGUCAGGCUAUGUCAACUUGUCGUGAAGUUGAUGUGUUCAUCGAGCAAGAGGAAAAGGGAAAAGAUGGUGAGGAGGCUGAUGUCAAUUUGGAACAGUCUGCUGCUGUUGAAACUGAGAGCGAGAAGGCUCUUUCUGCUGAGAGCGAGAAGGCUCCUUCUGCUGAGGAGAAUGAAAGCGAGAUUGGUGAGGGUGAAAGCGAGGAGGCUGAGGAGAAUCAAAGCCAGGAGGCUGAGGAGAAUCAAAGUCAAAGCGAGGAGGCUGAGGAGAAUCAAAGCGAGGCUGCUGCAGAUGAAAGCGAUAAGGAUGCUGGAAAUGAAAGCGAGAUUGAUAGCGAGAAAGAGGAAGCUUUGAGGGAAGCUAAGAGGAAAAAGGAUAAAAAAGGUAAAUCUAAGGUUUUGGAAGAUGAAGAAGACAUUGGUGCGCGAUAUGAUAUGGAGAUUGAGGAUGCUGUAGCUAGUUUUGUUGAUGAGGAAGUAGAUUUCAGAAGGACAAUUCUAGAGAGUUCAGAUAGUGAAGAAGAAGAUGAUUUGGCUUUGAGAAAGAGACGAAUGAAGAGAGAUGCUCAGGUUGAUAAGUUAGCUCUAGGAGCUACUUUUUGGUCAGGUUAUGAGUUCAAGGAAGCCGUUUUGGAUUAUGCUUUGGCGAAUGCAAAGAAUAUUGAGCAAAAUAGAUGGGACAAGACGAAGAUUGGAUACAAAUGUGGUGAAGGAGGAAAAUGCAAGUGGAAGCUUUAUUGCUCGUAUGAUGAGCCGCAUGGGAAGUGGGUUAUAAAGACAAAGUGUGGAUAUCACAGCUGCACGCCUAAAGGAGAUGCAAGAUGCUUAAAGCUCCAGUCAUUGCAAAGCUUUUCUUGCACAAGUUGA